UCAACGCGCGUUCGAAAGGGGCAGUGCCUUAAAACAAGCCAAAGCUAGAGAGGCGGGCGCUGCGCGUGCGCAGAGGUGUAGUCGGGGGAAGGUGUGCUGAGGCUGGAGGUGAAGGCUCUGCGGCGGUGAGUAUUGUCUUAAACGACCUCACACCCUUGGCCACUGAUUGUGGACCAAGAUGGACCAGUCAAAGUCCUUACCCAGAAUUUUUUGAACUGAAACUGAGAAAGAAAAUCCCUCUCCAGUGUGGAAGCUAUAAAAUGUAAAACACAGGAGCUGUCAGCAGCCACGUGUCCUACCAUAUGGAAACAGCUGGUCUGCAGUGAAAAAGAAGCCAACAUGCAAAAAGCAGCAGAGAACCAUGUGUGCUCAGUACUGCAUCUCCUUUGCUGAUGUUGAAAAAGCUCACAUCAACAUUCGAGAUUACAUCCAUCUCACACCAGUGCUAACAAGCUCUAUUUUGAAUCAAGUAGCAGGACGCAAUCUUUUCUUCAAAUGUGAAGUCUUCCAGAAAACUGGAUCUUUUAAGAUUCGUGGGGCGCUUAAUGCCAUCAGAGGCUUAAUUCCUGCCACCUUAGAAGGGAAGCCCAAAGCUGUUGUUACUCACAGCAGUGGAAAUCAUGGCCAGGCUCUCACUUAUGCUGCUAAACUGGAAGGGAUUCCUGCUUAUAUUGUGGUACCCCACACAGCUCCCAACUGUAAAAAACUGGCAAUACAAGCCUAUGGAGCCUCUAUAGUUUACAGUGAACCAAGCGAUGAGUCCAGAGAAAAGGUUACAAAAAGAAUUUUGGAAGAAACAGAAGGCAUCAUGGUUCAUCCCAACCAGGAGCCUGCGGUGAUAGCUGGGCAAGGCACAAUUGCCUUAGAAGUGCUGAGUCAGGUUCCCUUGGUGGAUGCACUAGUGGUUCCUGUAGGGGGAGGAGGAAUGGUUGCUGGAAUAGCAAUUACUGUUAAGGCUCUGAAACCUAGUGUGAAGGUAUAUGCUGCUGAACCCUUGAAUGCAGAUGAUUGCUACAAGUCCAAACUGAAAGGGGAGCUGACCCCCAAUCCUUAUCCUCCAGAAACUAUAGCAGAUGGUGUCAAAUCCAGCAUUGGCUUAAACACCUGGCCUAUUAUAAGGGACCUUGUGGAUGAUGUCUUCACUGUCACAGAGGAUGAAAUCAAGUAUGCAACCCAGCUGGUUUGGGAAAGGAUGAAACUACUCAUUGAACCUACAGCUGGUGUUGGAGUGGCUGCUGUGCUGUCUCGGAAUUUUCAAGCAGUUUCUCCAGAAGUAAAGAACAUUUGUAUUGUUCUCAGUGGUGGAAAUGUAGACUUAACCUCCUUAAGUUGGGUGAAGCACGCUGAAAGGCCAGCUCCUUAUCAGUCUGUUUCUGUUUAAUUUUUGUAAAAGAAAGAGAUGGGCUUCAGUGUCUCUCUGGAUACAUGAAAUUUUUGUUUUUCAUGUUCCCCUCAGGCAGGGCAGCUCAGUGGCAGAGCAUUUGCCUGGUAUGUGCAAGGACCCAAGUUUGAUCUCCAGCACCAAAACAUCUUCUUGUAAAGUUUUCAAAGUCCUAAUGGAGAACAGAUAUUUCAGUAUAUUUAAUAGUUUUCUUAGACUAAGUAGAAAAACUUCCAUACUUAACUGAGCCAAGAUCUUUUGUAAACAGGACAGCAUACUGAUGGACUAAAGUAUAAACUACAAACUGCUCAGUCACAACCUGUAGGACCCAUCUUUAUAGUGCUAAUUAUUAACAAUAAGAAUCCUACUGAAUCCAUUACUCUAUGUCCAAUUCAGGCACUGUUGAAGAAAUCUCACUUUUCACCCAAGGUACUGGUUCUGGUACAUAUGGAUCGUAAGUCCAUUUAGGGAAAACUCGUUUAUAAAGAUUCAUCAGUACUGUGUCCUGAGAUUUUAGCUUCCCAUCAAAACUGCAUUUCAUAUGGCCAUGGGUACCUAGAAACAAACAUAACAAAAUUGGUCAAAUUAAAAAAAAAAAAACUUUAAAGUAGUAAACUUCCAACACAAUAGCUAUUUAAUAGCAUAGAGGAAAUCUAUAUAAAAUCCCAAA